CUCCACGUACUUGGCUGCUUCAUCGAUCCCUUGCGACGUUGCGUUUUCUGCCAACAGCAUGAUUCGACGGGGGAAGACAGAAGGCUGGCUUCAACUGCCACCUGAAGCACGGCUUGCAUGGGUCACGCUCAAUGAUGUCCACUUCAACCUCACCCAGCCUGGCGUGGUCGAAGGGCGGGGCGGAGCGCUGCUUGCAACUCAAGAUCUUGAUGCUGAUGAUCAGGCUCAUCGGGUUCUCUUGACAGUUCCAAGAGAUCUUAUUCUCUCGCUCGAGCGGGUUCGAGAGCAUGCAAAGGUCGACAGAGACUUUCGAGAAGUCCUCGAAAGCCUUGGAGAUCUUGGAAGGACUCCGCGCGGAGCCAUCCUAUCCUUUCUCAUCUUGCAAGCAAGCAUUUCGUCUCCGCAUCUGCCAUAUCACGUCGGCGUCCGUAGUGCUUUCUCUGACUACGUCAAAUCGCUGCCGAUGGAGAAACUACCCACCACCUGGAAUGCCGAGGAGCUACAAUUACUGGUAGGGACCACGCUCGGACAAGCCACGGGCGCAAAGAUGAAGAGUCUUCGUCAUGAGUAUGAACUCCUUUGCUCAUCUGUCGAGCACACCCGUUGGUACCAAGCAGUACAAGACCACCUGGAUUUCGACGAUUGGCUUCAAGCAGAUGCAAUGUAUCGUUCCCGCGCGCUGGACUUUCCCAACAUCGGACACUGUAUGGUGCCUUGCAUAGAUCUCGCGAACCAUGCCGCAGGCGAUGCAACCGUUGCUCUGUACGAAAAGACUGCCAAUGGUGACGCAGUUUUACUACUCAUUGAUGGCAAGACGGUCUCUCGAGGAGAAGAAGUGACAAUCACGUAUGGCGACGAAAAAGGGGCAUCUGAAAUGCUAUUUUCUUACGGUUUCCUGGACUCUGGCAUGGAUUCUGCGCAGACGAUGCUCCUCAGCCUCACUCUACCCCCAGAAGACAGAUAUCGGGCAGCAAAGGCAAGGAUAGCUGAUUGUGCCCCUGGCUUCAACAUCUCCGAGACGCCAGAUGGUGGCGUUCGGUGGGAAGGCGAUUAUGUGUGGCUGCUCUGCGUGACGGAAGAAGACGACCUCCACUUCGCCUUGGCUAGAACGGUAGACGGAGUAGAGGAUGAAGUACAACCUCUCUUCCAAGGGAAAGAACUAACGGGUGGUGCGGCCGGACUACGGACUCGGCUUUCCGGAACACCUCUUUGGGACGUCUAUCACCUGCGUGCAAUCUCCAUACUCCAAGAGCGAGUCUUCAGCCAGAUGCAGAUCCUGUACAGCACGGAGGAAGAAGUGGCGGCCAGGGCUAACGGAGCUGACUCCGCCAUCCCUUCGUCCACUUUCGAUGCGGCCAUGAAGCUCAGAGAGUUGGAGUUCUCGCUCCUGAACAAAGCAUACGAGACCUUUGAGCACAAGAAACUCGAACUGGCUCAGAGUUCCGUGGUCACCCGAUACUUGGCUGAAAUGCGCGAAGAAGAUCUGGACCAUGUACCUGACGAUUUCUCGUAACAAACUUAAAAGGGCCCCCUGUCGCGUGCUCCCGCAUUCCUCCAUGGCAUGAAUCCGGGGAAAGGCAGACUGCAUCCAAUCGUCGCAAGGUCUGGGGAAGGGCUGCAGGGCGUACGUUGCAUGAUCUGGGGAAAGGCAGCUCGUAUCCGUCCGCGCAAGAAAACUAGAAGCAGCGCCGUCGGUUCACUAAUCGCCCCCACUAGUGUGUAUCGAGCUCGACUGCCUUGGUCGAGGUCGGAAGCGUCGUUUUAAGGUUCUGGCAGGGGCAUCUCAAUACGGAAAGACGGUCCGAUACCCUUUCCGCCGGUUGGUGGGGAACUGCUUUAUUCGAAGUGAUCGAUAUUUGUCACGCGAGAAGAUCAACAUUCAUGGCCUCGACAGCUACAAUAUAAAGGCGACUGCGGCGUAUGAUCUGUCGAGCUUCCAAACCCCAUCCACACCCGUCAAUACACCUACCGGGAUGCUGU